AUGUUGCCAGCUCAGGAGGCGGCUAAAAUUUACCACACCAAUUACGUGAGGAACUCAAGGGCGAUCGGCGUACUCUGGGCUAUUUUCACCAUUUGUUUCGCGAUAGUGAACGUGGUGUGCUUUAUCCAGCCUUACUGGAUCGGAGAUGGGGUGGACACCCCACAAGCCGGCUACUUUGGGCUUUUCCAUUACUGCAUCGGCAACGGGCUUUCCCGGGAGCUGACCUGUCGCGGCAGCUUCACUGACUUCGCCACCAUUGCGUCCGGAGCUUUCAAAGCCGCCUCUUUCUUCAUCGCGAUGUCCAUGGCGCUCAUCAUGGGCUGCAUCGCCUGCUUUGUCCUCUUCUUCUUCUGUAACACGGCCACCGUCUACAAAAUCUGCGGCUGGGUGCAACUUGCAUCUGCUGUCUGCUUGAUCCUGGGCUGCAUGAUUUUCCCAGAUGGCUGGGAUUCAGACGAAGUAAAGCGUAUGUGUGGUGAAAAAACAGACAAGUAUACACUUGGUGCCUGCUCUGUUCGCUGGGCCUACAUUCUGGCUAUUAUUGGAAUCUUAGAUGCGCUCAUCCUUUCGUUUCUGGCAUUUGUCCUUGGCAACAGACAAGAUGGCUUAUUGCCAGAGGACUUCAAAGUGGAUACCAAAGGUAUGAUUUCUUUUCAUAGUCAUAUUAAAUCAUGA